UUUCUUCUUCUUCCUCCUCUUCCUCAUCUCAAUUAUAUCCUCCACUCACUUUCCCUCUCUAACAACAGAAAAAAUCUUUCGAUUUCCGACCAAAUAAAUCUUGUAAAACCCUAGCUCUCUCAUUUUGCUAGGGAGAAAUGACGACGUCGUUUGGAGGUUCCAACACUGCAAUUCACAAAGACCCGAAGCUGCUUCGGGUUCCAACGAGUUUCAAUGGCUUGAAAAGUGCUUACAGUUCGAUUUUGCUUGGUAAACGCCUGCAUGUCUUUCAUUCUUUAUCGGCUUCCUCUGCGGGACCAACCUCAAUUAUCAGAGCCGUUUCUACGCCAGUGAAGCCUGAUACUUCUGUGGAGCCUAAACGCAGUAAGGUUGAAAUCAUCAAAGAGCAUAGUAACUUUAUAAGAUAUCCUCUCAAUGAGGAAUUAUUAACAGAGGCUUCUAACAUUAAUGAAGCUGCUACACAAUUAAUAAAGUUCCAUGGAAGCUAUCAACAGUACAACAGAGAUGAGCGUGGUGUGAAGUCUUACUCAUUUAUGCUGCGUACAAAGAAUCCCUGUGGAAAGGUUUCAAAUGAACUCUAUUUGGUUAUGGAUGAUUUAGCUGAUCAAUUUGGCAUUGGAACACUUCGUUUGACAACAAGGCAAACGUUUCAACUCCAUGGUGUUUUGAAGAAAGACCUUAAGACUGUGAUGAGUUCUAUCAUCAAAAGUAUGGGCUCAACUCUUGGUGCAUGUGGUGAUCUCAACAGAAAUGUUCUUGCUCCAGCUGCCCCCUUUGCACGAAAAGAUUAUUUGUUUGCCCAAAAAACUGCUGAAGACAUUGCUGCACUGUUAACUCCACAAUCUGGUUUCUACUAUGAUAUGUGGGUAGAUGGAGAAAAAAUUAUGUCUGCUGAAUCUCCUGAAGUAGUGAAGGCCCGUAAUGAUAAUUCUCAUGGUACAAAUUUUCCUGAUUCACCCGAGCCUAUAUAUGGAACUCAGUUCUUGCCAAGAAAGUUCAAAAUUGCAGUUACUGUGCCCACAGACAACUCAGUGGAUAUUUUCACGAAUGAUAUUGGUGUGGUUGGUGUGUCGAAUGCUGAUGGGGAGCCUCAGGGUUUUAACAUAUAUGUUGGUGGUGGCAUGGGAAGAACACAUAGGUUGGAAAGCACCUUCCCUCGUCUGGCAGAGCCAUUGGGCUAUGUCCCGAAAGAGGAUAUAUUAUAUGCAGUGAAGGCUAUUGUUGUUACACAAAGAGAAAACGGGAGAAGAGAUGAUCGCAAGUACAGCAGGAUGAAAUACUUAAUUAGUUCCUGGGGGAUUGAGAAGUUCAGAACUGUUGUUGAACAAUACUAUGGAAAGAAGUUUGAACCUUGUCAGGAGUUACCUGAGUGGGACUUUAAGAGCUACUUGGGAUGGCACGAGCAGGGAGAUGGGAGUUUAUUCUGUGGACUCCAUGUUGAUAAUGGCCGAGUUAAGGGAGCAACGAAAGCAACGCUAAGGGAAAUUAUUGAGAAAUAUAAUUUGAAUGUGCGAAUUACACCAAACCAGAAUAUUAUCUUGUGUGAUAUCCGCCGAGCAUGGAAGCGCCCCAUCACUACAGCUCUUGCUCAAGGUGGUCUGCUGGUAAGAUGUCAUAAUUUAAGAAUUAUAUUAGGCUAUAUAGGAAUGGCUUAAUUAUGUAGCUUAGAAGUAUGUUUCAUGAGGAGUUAAUUUGUCCCAAGUCCCAACUGACAUUAUUUCAGGUAUGC